GAGGGUGGUAAAAACACCCAGGAUAUGCCAAGUGUUUAAUGAAUUAAAUGCAGAGGGGGGAGAAAAAAAAGACAAACUGAGAUUGCCAGAUGACGUCGCACUGAUGCCGAGCCAAGCUCCAAAAUGUUAGAGCUGCCACCAAAGUAACUGAGCUUCCACAGGAGGGAGGAGGAGAUGGCGUUCGUGUUGGUGGAGUUUGACUUUGAGUACAAAGCGAAGGAUGGCCGCCACAUCUGCAUCAAACCUAACGAGAGGUACGUCCUCGUCUCCAAGACCAAUGAUCAUUGGUGGCGUGUUUCCAAAGACCAAGACUCCAAACCCUUCUAUAUCCCAGCCGAGUACGUGAAGGAGGUCUCUGCGCCUCCUGGGACUUCUUCUGGCCCUAAAAAAACAGAAUCACCAAAGAGUUUGACAAAACGUAAACCGGCAGAUGCGACUGGGAAGAACAAAGCCGUGAACACGACCAAGAGAACGUCACUCGAUACAAAAACAGUGACUCAUCCAGCUGUUCAGGAUGAUUCAAAAGAAACCUAUCGUUUCUCCACGUUUGGUCUGUGGGUCAACUUGCCAAGUGAAACUUCGAAAGAUGCACCAGCAGCCAGGAACCGUGCUCACAGUUUGGACGAUAGAAACAAGCUCGCGACUCCUAACUCAUCACGCCGUGGAUCAGUCACUCCAGAACCAUUAGUAUCUGAAGAUCAACAACUUUAUGCUACACCUCAGCAUGGCGGCAAAAAGCAGCAGGGAAAAAACACAAACCAGGACAAGUCCAGAGAGAAGUCCCUGGCUUCUGCGAAUGAUAAAGAUGUGGAUUUACCUCCACAUGACAUAUGUGAAAUGGAUUUUCCUUUACCUCCACCACACUUCUAUGACAUGACUCCAGAGAUAAGCGUAACUGACUGUGACUCCUUUCCUGAGCCUCCUGAACUCGCAGCGUCCUCACCCAAGGAGUCGGCGCCGCAGCACCAAAGUUCUCACCAGGCAGCAGAACAGGCUUCUCUCACAACAGAGCAGGUGCAGAAUGAAAAUCUCCGGUCAGCAGUGUACGUCAACGUAGCAGAGCUUCGCCAAAGCAUCUCAGAGUCUCCCCCGUCGGACCCUUCGCCCUGCUCUCCUUCCUACCUAAAACAGGAGGGAUGGGAGGUUCAUGUUGACCAAGAAAGUGGACAGGAAUACUACUACCACCCCGACACGGGGAGCACCACCUGGGACAACCCCUUUUUAGACUCCCCCACAGACCCUGAGCCACUCCCUCCGGAGGUUCCUUUCCCUCCACCGUCCCCUCAAUCCGACUGGGCCUCAGACUGGGAGCAGCUGGUGGAUGAGACCACUGGUCAGCCUUACUUCUAUAACCACAUGUCCGGGGAGACAUCCUGGGACCCUCCUGAGCAGCAGAGCCUUUACCCCUCUCCGAUGGAGCCUAUGAGCGUGCACAGGUUUCGCGAUGACGAGCCGCCUCCUUUACCUGUGGAGGACUACCCAUCAGAGGAUUACCCAGACCAAGGAGAAUUGUACGAGGACAUCAAGAACACGGGACCCCCGACUCUUCCGAAGGAGUACGCUCUUGGCCACGUGAGUAUGACCACCAUCCCCCGGGCCAACCUGGACCGCAGUACCCCGCCUGGCUGGAACCUCACCGUGGAACCCAGUGGGACAUGGGUUUUCACCAGUGAAAACUCUCCAGAUCAGUGGAUCAAGUCUGUGGAUGAUCAGGGCCAAACCUAUUACUACCUAAGAGAUGGCACCAAGUCUGAGUGGAAUCUGCCUGAGGCCCCUGCAGCUCCUUCUCACUCCAAUGUCCCGAAUGGCGAUGAGAAUGAAAAUGUGCACGUCGUCAAAAACUGGAGAGACUCGAGGGUACCUGCUCAAUUCUGCACGGGCCAGGAAGAUGGGAGGUUCACCCAGAGUCACCUGAGGAACACGUCAGACCACAGCAGCGACAGCUCCAGUACGGGAAACUCUCCAGAGCAUAAUGCUGUUGGGUUUAGGCCCUGGAGAAAUCCUUAUUAUUUGACCUCAAAGUGGCUGCGCUAUAAUGUACAGAAUUUGGAGAAAGCGGGAAUUCUCAACAAAACAAAAAUCAUUGAGAACGGAAAGAAAGUAAGGAAAAACUGGGUUCCAACAUGGACAGUUCUCCACGGAGGAGUCCUGACGUUCCACAAAGACCCCAAACCCUCCCCAGGCGCUGUGAACAAGACCAAUCAGAUUGUUCCAGAGUUUACGGUGGAGCUGAAGGGCGCUACGAUUGGCUGGGCCACAAAGGACAAAUCCAGUAAAAAGAAUGUUUUAGAGCUCAAAGGGAAAAAUGGUGUAGAGUUCCUUAUCCAGUACGAUACGGAAAGCAUCAUCCAUGACUGGCACAAAAUUUUAAAGGAUACCAUUCAACAGCUCGUAAGUCCUGGCAGGGACCAGAACCAUCAACAGGAAGUAGUUAAAUGAAAAAAAAAAAAAAAA